AUGUCCGCUAAAGGAGGCGCUCGUAAGAAAUGGACCAAGGCCACAAACAAGGAGAAACGUGAGUGGGCCGUCAUCAUCACACCAGAACAGGCUGCUGAUAUGGCUAAGUCUGUUCCAAAGAACAAAGUCAUCUCCGCUGGCAAGCUCGCCGAGCGUUAUAAAAUCUCCCUUACAUGCGCUCGCAAGGCUCUCGAAGCUUUAACAGCCGAAGGCAAGAUCGUCCCAGUCAUCAACGGCCACGACCUUAAGUGCUAUGGCCCACACCCAGAUCAUGUUGUUGAGAAGGUUGAAGAGGUCAAGGAAGAAGCCAAGAAGCCAGCCGGCAAGAAGGGUGGCAAGAAGCAGUAA